GUUGCAUACAUAGUGUACACAAUAUUAGCAUCCAUGGUCAGUUUCAAAGGCUGGAAAAACUGGUGUUCAGGUUAAUUUUCAUUUUCCAGAUCCCAACUUCAGACUUUCCCUUUCAUUUUCUCACAUCCCUUUUCCAAGCCCUUCCUUUUCAGUGACGGAUGUAGUAACUGAAAGGCCCAGGUUAAGGAUGUCAAGGUUUUGAGCACAAUAUAGAAAGGGGGUUUACUGAAAACGACCCCUCUUUUUGAGGCUUGAUAAAACCGUCUAACUGCAUUUCCUGAUGUUUAGCAGAACAAUGUAGGACAAACUAACCAAAAAAAAUAAAAUUGACCAAAGAUGCAUAGCAACUUACCAGACUAUUGAUAAUGUAUGAGUAACCAAAAAGAUUAAAUGUCAAGUCAUAGAACUCUACCAAACUUACAGAUCUACCAACCACCCUUUUUGCUUAAUCCAAACUCUUUUUAGCUCUAUUGUCAUCAUCAGUCAUGCAGUUUUCUUUGCUUCAUUUCCAAGCAUUACAGCAACCACAACCUUCACCUCUCACCUCAACUCACACCCCUAUCUUUCUUCAAAAACAUAUAACUUUAUGUACAACCCUAAACUCCAUCUUUUUCUUUCACUUUCAUACCCAACGAUACAAAAAAGGAGCAGUUCAGUCUCUCCAACUCUCAUCCCCACAAAGCAGUUUUACACAGGGAAACAUGAGGCCUAAAUCCCAAGCCCUCAACCUUAGGCUCCUUCUCCUUGGCAUCUUCUUUGCCUUUUUCCUUCUGUUUGCAUUAAGAUCAAGCUUAUCAUCUCCCCAGGAAGACCUGUCUCCCAUAUCACCAACUUCUUUACCAAAGGUUUCAAAUACCAUAAAAGAAGGAAAGGCAGCAAACUGCUCACCAACUUGCACCAAGAUCCCAACCUCAUUAGCUCAAGCCCUCAUUCACUACACAACCUCAACCAUUACCCCGCAACAAACUCUCAAAGAAAUCUCAGUGACAUCCAAAAUUCUAGUGAAUAAGUCCCCAUGCAACUUCUUAGUUUUUGGCCUAGGUCAUGACAGCCUCAUGUGGAGGGAACUCAACCAUGGUGGACGUACAAUUUUCCUAGAAGAAGAUGAGGCAUGGAUUGAGCAAAUCAGACAGCGUUUCCCCAAGUUAGAAUCCUAUCAUGUCAUGUAUGAUAGCAAAGUGAACCAGGCUGAUAAUCUCAUGGAGGUUGGCAAAGGGCCAGAGUGCAUAGGGGUUGGUGAUAUAAGACACUCUACAUGCCAACUUGCCCUGAAGGGUUUGCCUAAUGAGGUUUAUGACAUAAAAUGGGAUUUAAUUAUGGUUGAUGCUCCAACAGGUUACUAUGAGGAGGCACCUGGGAGGAUGGCUGCCAUAUAUACAGCAGGGAUGAUGGCGAGGAAUAGAAAAGAUGGAGAGACUGAUGUAUUUGUGCAUGAUGUGAAUAGGGUGGUGGAGGAUAAGUUUUCCAGAGCAUUCUUGUGUGAUGGGUACAUGAGAAAACAAACAGGGAGGUUAAGGCACUUCAGAAUUCCAAGUCACAGGGAUGGCUCAGCCAAGCCCUUCUGCCCUUUGUAAUUUUUUGCUGCUCAUCUGUUUUUGCCCAUGUAAGGGAAGUUGAGUAAUUUUUUUUUCAGGCGAAAUGAUCUAAUGAGCAAUGAGUUGUGGAGAUUUAUAUGCUCUACUCAAUCGAAAGGUAGAGCAACAGAAAUAUUGUUGAACCUCAACAACAGUCAGAAUGGAAUGCAAUAAAAAAGGAAAACUUCUUUUAUAGGAGUGCAACAUGAAAUGAAAUUAAUAUCCAUUCGGGUUUCCAA